UGACGUAAACCUAAGUAUAUAAAAUUAAUAUUUUUUAAAACACAAAAGGUACUUUAUCUGCUAAUAUAUAGAAGAUAGAUAUAUGGUGUCGCGGACUUUUUUGUAGCACUUUUAAAGAUACAUAAAGUCUCCAUACAUUAAUUUCAAUUUUACACAAUAGUUAAGGCAGCGCAUGCGAAUAAGUCUGUUUAAGAGGAUUUUCAGUCCGACCUGUAUGACAAAAACUGUGAUAACUCGGCUAAUAUAUAUGAUACCAAUAUAAAAUAUAGCCUAUAGCACUCCCCGAUAAUGUAGCAUUCUACUGGUGAAAGAAUUUUUAAAAUCGGACCAGUAGUUCCGAAGAUUACCCCAUUUAAAAAAUGUGACAAACUUACAAACUUACAAACUUUACCUCUUUAUAAUAUUAGUAUAGAUGUCAAUGAUUUAGAAAAAUAUAAUUUAUAAUAAUCAUUGACAAAUUGUUUAACAGAAAAUAGUGUUCAACUAAAGAGACAAGUUUAGUUACGCCAUUGAAGGCAACAUCAGUUAUAAUCAAAUUAUUCACAAUAACGUCAGGUGUCAGUUUCUUAUAUUAAAUGAAGUAAUUUGAGAAAAUGCCUCUAUAAUCUCUCUCAUUAGGAUACCGCCCUAAAAAUGAAAGGGAAUACCUAAAUAUUUUCCUGCAGACACUUUAAAAAUAAUACUUCCCACUUAGUUGGUUGAGGUUGCCGCUUUAAGUUUCGUCUGGAAAAAAUUACUUUUUUUAAAAUUAGGAUUAUCAUAAAAUUCAGUGCCAAUAUUAUAUUUUCGUUUAGGAAUUUCUUUAAGAAACUGUUGUUUUUUUUAAUUAUACAAAAACGUAACUGUUGUAAAAAUUAAUGAUUAAAAAUGUAAAGUCCCAAGUUUUUUAAAUUAAUAAGUAGGGAAAAGGAAUAGAGUUCUGUCUCAGAUAUCAGAAUGUGUUCCAUUGUGUUAGAGACGUGGAGAAUGCUUUUCGGCAAAGCGAAUGCCACAGCAUCAAUGAGCUUCGUUAUAGGGAGUUAAGGGUAACAUAAAAGCUAGAUAUUGUAUAGAAACCAAUUUCUAAAACGAUACUAAAAGUAUUGAAUGUGUUACAAAUUUGUAUAUUUAAAUAUUUUUCGUAUAUUAUGUAAAUUGUAUGGAUAACUUGAGAACAAUUUCGAGUGGUAGUAGAUCGUGUUAUGCAUUUGCCUCGAUGUGGUAGUUCCAUGUAUGUAGUUAAAUUGUUAUGUACUAGCUGACGCCCGUGACUUCGUUCUAAUGAACUUAAGAUAUACGAGUCUCUAUAUUUAGAUUUUUUUUCUACAUCCGCUCUCAAUGACACUCUGUUUGUUGCCGUUUUUAUAUAUCUGUAAAAACCGCAUCAGUAAACUAUUAAAAGUACAAUUAAAAAUUGUUUUGUCACUCUACUUUUACUCUCACUUGCGGUUACUACCUACCGUUUUAUCCAAAGAUUCAUUUUGGAUUUUAGUAGGUGUGCCUAUUCGGGUAUGUACAUUAUUAAACAUAAUAAACUAUCUGUAAAAAGUAUACCUACUGUUCUUUUCACAAUGCCUUUGCCAUUAUAGGCUUUAAUGGCAAAGGCAUUAUGACACUCAAACUAGGCAUUAAUUUAUUAUAAAUUAAAGCCUAGUUUGAAUGUGUGCGCCAACAAGUUAGCACACACAGCUUCUUAACUUGAAUGUAAUUUUUCCGUAAAAUCGAAUAGAGGUUCACCAUAAACAAAUAUGAAUUAUUUAUCUUGUGUCCAUAGACAAUGGAUUACUUACUAAGUUUUUUUUCCCGUAGAUUUAUCUAUGAUUGGUUCUUGAUAUCUUGUAUUAAGUAUUACAUAUAAAUUGAAUAUUUAAAUAUUUAAUGAGAGAAAAAAAUAAAUGUGAUUAGACUCGAUGGAACUAUGUAAAAUGUAAAUCUAUUCCAAAUAGAUGUACGGUUUAUUGUGUAUUGAAUAGCCAUUUUAGUGUUAGUUUUACAUACAAGGACAAUUUGUUUCAAUAAAUCAGUGGCAGAUGUUUACCUGACCACAUGAUCUCAGUAUUUGUUCCAAGUGCCUUAUGAACAAAUCGACGCAUUCCUACAUACAUUCCAAUCAGAAUGGCACAAAACAUGACAUAUUGCCUAUUCAACUUAAGUAUAUUUAAACCCCACUGUCUUAUGUUUUGUUUAGUUACGCCAAUCAAUGUAGUUACACCAUUAAAGACAAUAUCAGUAGAUAAUUAUUUAUGUACGUAAAACAAUUAUUAACAGCUGCCAUUCGGUUAAUAUUCCCGGGUUCGACUCCUGGCUUGGGUUUUUUGCAUAAAUUCGCUCAGGUCAAAACUGUAACCGUUUAUAGAUUCAUCCUACCGGUUUCGUCAAAUUAGAGAAAUAUGAAAUAAAUAAAAUGGUAAAAUAAAUCUAGAUAAAUAAAUUUAUCUCAAUGAAGAAACCUAAUAAAUAUAAUAUACUUAAAUAAAUAUAAGAUUACCGCCAUGUGGAAUGUUGAGUCAACUAUUAUUGUUCCGAUAGUUGUUUCAAUCAAUGGUCUUAUAGCAAAAAGCUUCGACCAACAUAUUUCACUUAAUUGUUGAACUGAGAGAUUCGGAUACAGAAGGCAGUUUCUUAUCGGAUUCUUGACGGCGCGUAGUGUGAGGAGGUGCCUCAUGACUUUGACCAUCGCAUCGCAUCGCAAGAAAAAAAAUGAGAGAGCAAAUAAUAUUAGAAUUAAAAUUAGUGUUUUGAAAUCAAACUUAGCAAGGCUAAAAAUGUUAUGUUUUGUGCCUAAAUCUGAAUGACUAUAAGUACGACUGUUCAAUUGAUAUUUAAUUUAUCUUUUAUGUAUAUAAUGAUAUUCAUGGUACGUACAUAUUUAUUAAGCUUGUAAGUAUUAAAGUUUUCUAUAUUUAUGUUUCCAGUACUUAAUUAUUCUGUGAUAGAGUAAAUGUAAAUUUCUUUUCAUCUGAUAUUUGUUUAGUUUAUUCCAACAUAUGAAUACAAAUUUGUAAUAAAUUCAUUUGCUAACAUUUUACUAUUUUUUCUGUAUUUUUUAAAUAAAACAAUCCAACAUAGUUACGAGUAUUUUUAAAUAUUUUUUUUUUCUAAAAUAUAUCUAAUAAACUAAAAAAAAUAUCUAUGGUUAGUUACACCAAAGCCGAUCAAAGCAAAUUGAAUUCCAGAAGGCCAUGAAUUCUAAAAGGAACAGUAUUAGUUUAUGUGAUUAAAAAGUCUUAUGUACCUUUUUGUUUAUAGCUAAUUAAUUUUACGUACAUUAUAAAUGAGUUUAUCAUCAAAAAGGUAUUCAGCACUAAACCUGGCCUGUUCCAUUGUGAUUUAAUGAUAUUAAAAAAGUAAUUCUAAAUUCACUUCGUCUUUUGUUCCGAUCCUUCAAACUUCUGUCACGUUGUCUAAGCCUAAACUGAGCUUUGAAAAUUAUUCGAAAUAAAAAAAUUAAUUAAUGGAAUGGCCCCAAUACGAUACAGUUUACAUUAUGAAGACUAUUCUGAACACCUGAUGUCGAGGUUUGGAAAGCUGUUACAAAUGCAGUCCCUGGUGGACAUGACACUUAUGUGCAGCUCGCACACUUUGCGUGUGCACAAAGCGGUCCUAGCUGCAAGCAGCGCUUAUUUUCAAGAAGUCUUACAAAAACAGACAGGCGAACCCCUUAUCAUACUGAAAAUGAGAUUUAACGUGUUAAAAUGUCUCGUGGAGUUCAUGUAUUGCGGCAAGACACAGUGCUUGGAGGAAAACCUGGACGAACUGGUGUCUGCUGCGCAAUUCCUAAAAAUAAAGGGCUUGUCCAAAGUAACGAAAGAGGGAUUGGGUAUUAAUAAUCCCAGCGAGCUGCCCGUGUUCACCCCGCCGGUAGUGAUCAGCCGACCGCCGCAGUCGCUGAUUGACAUGCACACACAACCUCAGCCGCAGGAAACCAUCGAACCAAAAGUGCCUACAACGCAGCAGUUGCCACUGCCAACAGCAAGUCAACCAGCAACCGACACGCUUAACCGAAAUAAUAAGGACAUGGUGGUUAGAAUACCCUUUGACAUCGAGGGCGGCACCAGUAUGGACUACGUGGAUCCCACACGUGGGGCAAGACCACGCCGCGGUCGACCUAGUUUCAAGCGACCAUCUGGAUGGGAGCCCGGGUCUGGUCUAGGCCGUGCCGCCGAGCGAGCGUUGAUGCGCCGCGAACAUGAUUCAAGAAAGGCGAUCCAUCAUCUCAAGCACCUACAGAAUCGGCACAUGCAGGACUACAUGGAUCGGGUGACGCUUUCCCAGGCCGUCAACAGCAUUUGUAACAAUGAUAACUCGCAGAGCUACCUCAACAUGGACAACGAUCUCAUGUAUAUGGAUCAGGCUAUCUCUUCCAACACGCUCGACCCAACAGCGUCUUACACUAAGGAUUCGCUUGGAAACGACACCUUGACAUCAAACUACUCAACAUCUGUAACCAGCACAUUAAAUGAAACUUCUAGCGGUGGAAUAAACACUGCUAUGUCUCAAUAUGUUAACGCUUUAAAGAGUGCAGGCUUGCCAACAGACUUGCCGAUUCUAUUUGAAUCCGGUGACGGAUCCUACAUAAACGUCAACGAACAAGUCCUCCUUGAUAUGGUACAGAGCAGCGAAAUACAGUAUGAAGUAAUCGAACAGCCAAACAUUAUAGAGAAUGUAGCAGAUCCGAGUGAAAUCAAAAGUAUAGACGAACUGUCCAAAUCAAUCGAGCGUGGCGAAAUGCUCUUGGGUUCAAAGAACUUUACGUCGACUAACGCUUACAAUAAAGACACUACUGCCCACGACGAUGCUAUUAAUAGUUUAAACGCUAUACUACCGGACAAUCUGGAACCUUUUGGUGAACAUCAAAAUUAUGUCGUACUAGACCAUUCUUUGCAAGAUGCCCAUGUCUCAAUCAGCCAUGACAACGCAAAUGAUUUUUCAUGUAUCGAAAGCGAUAUGCAAUUCUUUACUAAAUCUAUGAGCGAUGAUGUCAAAAAGUAUUACGAGGAACCGCAGUUAUCUGAUGCAAGGGUGUUGGAUCAAUUUUGCCCGGUAAGUACUUCGUUGGAUACGAGUUUCAGCAUGUCUCUUCUUGAUACGAAGAGUUCUCAUUUAGAAGACAACAUGAGUCAACAAUACAAUACUUUGAACGCAGAUGAUUUAAAGAGAACCGAAGACUGUUACGAUUUUACUUUACAAUUGCCACAUUCAAACGUAUUUAAAGAGGACACUCUAGAUUGUUUGAUGUCACCAAAACAAAAUGAUAAACGAGGAAAUUAUAUUGAAGACAAUAUAGAGAGUAGGGUACAAGAACGUGACGAAAUUAUUAAGGAUUUGAUGAAUAUUGAAAGUACAAUGAAGCAAAGCGAGUUAAUUGGCGAGGAAUCAAAUACUAACUUGAAUUCUAUACUAUGUGACGAUGACAAAGAAAAUAAUAGUCCUAAUACAAACUUUUCUACGUGUGAUUUGAAAUGGGAUAUGAGCAGUAAAGAUAAUGAGAAUGAAAAUAAUGAACCUGCAGACAAUGCAAUGGGUUUAGAUACUCCACAAACCCUAAUGGUAUCACCAAAGGAAAAUUUACCAAAGUCUGAUGAAUUUACUGCUGAAAAAUGGGACUCAUUUAAUACAGAUGAGGAAGCACAUAAAAAUGAUGAUGAAAUAACACAAAAAACUAUUAAUUCCACUUUAGAUGAAAAUAUACCGUUUGCUGUGGGACUUUUGCCACUCAAGCAGAUGCCGCCAGCUGAUGACGAAGUUGUAUUAAAAAGAAAAGGCUCCUAUGAUAUGUUGGAUGAUAUGGACGCACAGUGCUUAAAGCGCAAAAUAAAGUAUAAGAAGGUGUAAAUAUUAAUUAUGUGUACGAAAUAGUAUUGACAAUAAACCAAAGUUAUU